AUGGAAAAAAGUCUUCCUUAUGGAGGAGAAUACGAAGAAGAUAAAGAACCAACAACAUUAGAGUUAUAUAAAAUAAGAGAAAAAAAAAAGAAACUUAAUCCUCCUCAUAGAUUUAUUGUUACUGCACCUGCUGGAUAUGUAGAGAAGGCGGGUAUUAAG